UGCACGAGCAGCCUGAGUUGCGUCACUCAAAGUACGUCAGUGUGCCCCAAGAUGGCGACUACCAGUGGGAGCGGCGAUAGCAACGCGGCUUCGAGCCGUAAACACCUCGGCAUUCCUCAGGCUAUAUUUGUGGAAGAUGUUAUUGCAUUUAUGAAACAACCUGGAAAUGAGACAGCAGACCUUGUGUUGAGGAGGUUAGAUGAACAGUACCAAAAAUACAAAUUCAUGGAACUAAAUCUAUCGCAAAAGAAGAGAAGGCUAAAAAGUCAAAUUCCAGAAAUUAAACAGACAUUAGAAAUCUUAAAACACAUGCAGAAGAAAAAGGAUUCCACAGAUCCAAUGGAGACUAUGUUUCUCCUGGCGGACAAUUUGUAUGCUAAAGCAUCUGUCCCUCCUACGGAUAAAGUGUGCUUAUGGUUGGGGGCUAACGUAAUGCUUGAAUAUGAUAUUGAUGAAGCUCGAGCAUUACUUGAGAAGAAUCUAACAACUGCAACUCGUAAUCUAGAAGGGCUAGAAGAAGAUCUGGAUUUUCUUCGUGAUCAGUUCACUACCACAGAAGUCAAUAUGGCAAGAGUGUAUAACUGGGACGUUAAAAGGAGAAGUUCUGAAGCAGCAUCAAAAAGCAGUGCAUAGCUCGCCAAAGCACAUUUUUACACACUUUAACAACCAAACUCAUCUUUGUUUUCUUAAAAAAAAAUCCACCAAUUUGGCAAUACUUGCGUUUGGAAAGCUGCAGUUAUUUUACUCUGAAAAAUGCAGAAAAAUUGAAUGUUACAUCUAGGAGCAGAUGAAAGACUAAAGCUACAGACACGUAGACACACUGAUAUAUUGCAUGAUUUUAUGGCAUUUGUGGUUAUGGAAAAGAUUGUCACAGAGUACAGGUUCAAGAUGUAUUGUUGCCAGUUUUCACUGCAAGCCACAUUUGCAGCUGUCCUGCAGCCCAGUCAAACAGGCACAUUAGACACCUUGUGUAUCCAUGCAACAAGUUCUUGCUGUGAUACAAUACCUGUAAAGAUUUUGUAUGGUUCUAUCAUGAGAUGUUAAUAAACUGCUGAACAGAACAAAGUAAGUACUCCUGUAGUAUUUAACUUUUUCCUUUGCAAAUUUUGUACUUGAGGUGAAGUCCAUCACAGCUGGGGAUGAGCACCAUUUUUCAUUUCAGCUGCUUGGUGAGUGGAUUAAAUAUUCUCCGGUCAUAUUGGCAUAGGUUAGGUAGUGAGGAAAAUCACAUUUCUGAACUUAAGACAACUCAAGAUUUAUAUGAUUUUCUCUUGUGGUCUGUCUUUAAGAUGAGCAGAUCAUGCACGUAUUUGUUCUAUCCUCUUACACCCUUGUGCCUUCCAGUUUCACCAACUGUAGAUUGAUCAUUAUAGAGUAGACAAAGACACUCUUUGACCAAUUAAAUUGGCACCAACUUGUAUUAAAGACCAACUCGACAAGUUCAACAUUCUACCUCUUUUCCUCAAAUCUCUAGUGUAUGUCCAAUUUCUUUUGAAAGCUGACAGCUCACUUUGUCAUCUUCAAAGUUCUGUGAACAAAUUCCUCUGCAAGUUUUUUGUUUUAAAAUUUGUACCACUAAGCAUUUUCUAUCCUUUUCCCUUAUAAAAUUAUCGGCUCUCACUUUUGUGUGCAGAAUUUCAUGUUUAUUUUUCUACAUCAAAUUUAGAAUUUAAAAUUCUAGUCUACACCUCUAUAUCCAAGUUAUUGCCAUAUUUCAAAACUAGACAAAAUUGAACGGGGAAAUUCUUGCAUGACCUAUUCCAAUUUGAAAAGCAGCCAUUUACAAUAACUGCUUUUUAAUCUGCUCUCCAUUUUCCUCCUAAGGUGUUCAAUGUUACUGGCAUGUUCAAUAUUUGAUUCAAAUGCCUUUUGAAAAUCAAUAACAAGAUCAACUCCACUAGCCACAUCAUUCUUACUCUCAUCCCAAAAAAGUUAAGUAAAAUCAAUCUUCCCCUAAAAGUUGUUGUUAGCUCUCCUUCAUAGCUCCACAAUUGUCUGAGUAAUUUCUCUUGAACAUUACUUUCUGUACCCUCUCCAUCAGUGACGAAAAGCUGAUUUACUCUUCAAGAUUUGAAUUGAGUUACAGAUUUUUAAAAAUCGCGUGAUUAUUUUUCUUGCUAAUCUGCGUAUGAGCUUAUUCUGUGUAGCCAGUGUACACUUUGGACAAGCUGACUGAGAGCACAUGCCUGUUUGUAUCCUUGAAAUUGCAAUUCUGUCUCUUGUACUGGAUGGGUAAAUCAAUCAGGUUGCAGACACAAUACAUGUCAAAAUCUUACUCUGGUACAGGACUUGAAAUAUCCCAAGAUACAAAAGUGUAAGAGAUUUCAAAGGUAACAACUUAUGUAUCCAUUCCAAAGUUUGGAUAUUAUGAGUGAACCUUCAGUUACUACACCAUUGCACUCUGAACUUCUGAAAUUCUUGGUAUCAGGACCUUUGUGCAAAAUUUGGCUUGACUUUUGAUCAUCCGACCUAACUUCUGCUAAGUUACAUUCAGAUGGUUAGUUCAUUAGUUUUGCAUUAAAAGUGCAUUUUAAAGCCUCUACAUUUAUGUAUUUGUAUUAUCACCCUUUUUCUUCCAUGUUAACCAUAGCCUUAAUAUUUUUAAUGUGCCUUCAAGAAAACAGGUUGGAUCAUAAGUUGUGUUUUGAAAUGUGGGAGAGAAGAACUUUGGAUGGAUUUCUGUUUUGUUGCUCCAAGGGCCAUUUCUGUUCAUUCUUCAUUUUGAUUGUUCUGAUUUUAUGGUUUGACUUCCAGAUUCUGAGAUCUGUUCUGAUUACCUAAUGUACCUGGCAUCUGUUUUUAAGCGUACCUUAAUCCACUCUGAAAUUGAUGGCUGUUGAAGUGGUUGGUACUGUAUGAGAUAUAAAGCUUUUCUUACACAGCAGUACCUCCAUACUGUAGAAUACUUGAAAGGAUGUACAAGCAAGAAUUACAGCAGAAUAGUGGUAUUAUUGGUUACAUCAUCCUGUGCUGUGUAUACAGUAACUACUUUUCUCCAGUGGCGUAAUGUGAACAGAGUGUGCACCCCCUUUCCAAAUGUAAACUUAUGCAAUAAAAGUAAGAGAAAUUGCCAAAUAGCUUGUCAUAGAGAAAUGUUGGUGUCUAGAGUUAAACAAAAGAGAAUGGGCAAUAUUGUGCCUCAUCUCCCAGGCAUCCCUUCAUAUUUUUUCUCUCAAUAGAAAAUUUCCAAAGGUUUGAAUGAUAAUGGACCAAAACACAAAAUGGUUUAAGAAAUAGGAGUAGGAUUUCACUGUUCUACCUUUUUUCUUAUCAUGACUGACCUUCAGUGCCAGUAUAGAUGCUUUUGACACAAAAUUAAUCCAUGUGCCAAAAAAAAUCCAUAAAAAGAUAGUUUGAUUCCUUAAUGUUGUUAUCUCCCUGCUCUCAUCUAAAUUAAGUUCUGAUUUUGCUUGGCCUGAUUCUAGAAAGUCAGAAUUAAAUUGGUGCAUCUACUCGCAAUCUUACCAUAGAACAUUACAGCACAGAAACAGGCCCUUUGGCCCUUCUUGGCUGUGCCGAACCAUUUUUCUGCCUAGUCCCACUGACCUGCAUCUGGACCAUAUCCCUCCAUACACCUCUCAUCCAUGUAUCUGUCCAAGCUUUUCUUAAAUGUUAAAAGUGAGCCCGCAUUUACCACUUCCAUCUGGCAGCUCAUGCCACACUCCCACCACUCUCUGUGAAGAAGCCCCCCCCAAAUGUCCCCUUUAAACUUUUCCCCCUUCACCCUUAACCUAUGUCCUUUCUUUUUCCUCCCUUAGCCUCAGUGGGAAAAGCCUGCUUGCAUUCACUCUAUGUAUAUCCAUCAUAAUUUUAUGUACUAUCAAAUCUCCCCUCAUUCUUCUACGCUCCAGGGAAUAAAGUCCUAACCUAUUCAACCUUUAUCUGUAACUCAGUUUCUCAAGUCCCGGCAACAUCCUUGUAAACCUUCUCUGCACUCUUUCAACCUUAUUAAUAUCCUUCCUGUACUUAGCUGACCAAAACUGCACACAAUACUCCAAAUUCAGCCUCACUGGUGUCUUAUACAACCUCACCAUAACAUUCCAACUCUUAUACUUUGAUUUAUAAAGGCCAAUGUACCAAAAGCUCUUUACGACCCUAUCUACCUGUGACACCACUUUUAGAGAAUUAUGUAUCUGUAUUCCCAGAUUCCUCUGUUCUACUGCACUCCUCGGUGUCCUACCAUUUACCUUGUAUAUUCUGCCUUGGUUUGUCCUUCAAAAGUGCAAUACCUCACACAUCUGUAUUAAACUCCAUCUGCCAUUUUUCAGCCAAUUUUUCCAGCUGGUCCAGAUCCCUCUGCAAGCUUUGAAAACCUUUAUCACAUUAUCAUCCAGAUCAUUGAGAAAGAUGACAAAUAACAAUGUACCGAGCACUGAUCCCUGUGGCACACCACUGGUCACAGGCCUCCACUCAGAGAAGUAAUCCUCCACUACCACUCUCUGGCUUCUCCCAUUGAGCCAAUGUCUAAUCCAAUUUACUACCUCUCCAUGACUCUACCUAAUAAGUCCCUGUCUAUCCAAAUACUUGCAGAUCCUAUCUCUUAGUAUUCCUUCCAAUAAUUUACCUACUACUGAUGUCAAACUUACCGGCCUAUAAUUUCCUGGAUUACUUUAGAGCUUUUUUUAAACAACAGAACAACAUGAGCUAUCCUCCAAUCCUCCGGCACCUUACCUGUGGAUACCGACAUUUUAAAUAUAUCUGCCAGGGCUCCCAUAAUUUCAACACGAGUCUCCUUCAAGGUCCGAGAGAAUACCCUGUCAGGUCCUGGGGAUUUAUCUACUCUGAUUUGCCUCAAAACAGCAAGCACCUCCUCCUCUUCAAUCUGUAUAGGUUCCAUGAGUUCACUACUUGUUUGUCUUAUUUCCAUAGACUCCAAGCCAGAUUCCUUAGUAAAUACAGAUGCAAAAAACACAUUUAAGAUCUCCCCCAUUUCUUUUGGUUCCAUACAUAGCCGUCUUCAAGAGGACCAAUUUUAACCCUUACUAUCCUUUUGCUCUUAAUAUACCUGUAGAAGCUCUUAGGAUUAUCCUUCACCCUGACUGCCAAAGCAACCUCAUGUCUUCUUUUAGCCUAAAUUAAAAUCAUAGCUUAUAUAGAACAUAGAACAUUAGAGCACAGAAACAGGCCUUUUAGCCCUUCUUGGCUGUGCCGAAUCAUUUUUCUGCGUAGUCCCACUGACCUGCACCUGGCCCAUAUCCCUCCAUACACCUCUCAUCCAUGUAGCUGUCCAAGUUUUUCUUAAAUGUUAAAAGUGAGCCCGCAUUUACCAUUUCAUUUGGCAGCUCAUUCCACCACUCUCUGUGAAGAAGCCCCCCCCCAAAUAUCCCCUUUAAACUUUUCCCCCUUAACCCAUGUCCUCUGGUUUUUUCUUCCCUUGCCUCAGUGGAAAAAGCCUGCUUGCAUUCACUCUAUCUAUACCCAUCAUAAUUUUAUAUACCUCUAUCCAAUCUCCCCUCAUUCUCCUACGCUCCAGGGAAUAAGGUCCUAACCUAUUCAACCUUUCUCGUAACUCUGUUUCUCAAGUCCCGGCAACAUCCUUGUAAACCACUCUUUCAACCUUAUUAAUAUCUUUCCUUUAAUUCUGUGCCCAAAAUUGCACACAAUACUCCAAAUUCAGCCUCACCAAGGCCUUGUACAACCUCACCGUAACAUUCCAACUCUUAUACUCAAUACUUUGAUUUAUUCCUAGAUCACUCUGUUCUACUGCACUCCUCAGUGCCCUACCAUUUACCUUGUAUGUUCUACCUUGGUUUUUCCUUCCACAGUGCAGUACCUCACACUUGUCUGUAUUAAAUUCCAUCUGUCAUUUUUCAGCCCAUUUUUCCAACUGGUUCAGAUCCCUCUGCAAGCUUUGAAAACCUUCCUCUACACCUCCAAUCUUUGUAUCAGCAAAUUUGCUGAUCCAGUUUACCACAUUAUCAUCCAGAUCAUUGAUAUAGAUGACAAAUAACAAUGGACACAGCACUGAUCCUUGUGGCACACCACCAGUCACAGGCCUCCACUCAGAGAAGCAAUCCUCCAUUGCCAUUGAACCAAUGUGUCUAAUCCAAUUUACUACAACACCAUGUAUACCUCGGGACUAAUCUCCCAUGCGGGACUCUGUCAAAGGCCUUACUGAAGUCCAUGUAGACAAUAUCCACUGCCUUCCCUUCAUCCACUUUCCUUAUAACCUCCUCGAAAAACUCUAAUAGAGUUGUUAAACAUGAGCUACCACGCACAAAACCGUGUUGACUCUCCCUAAUAAGUCUCUGUCUAUCUAAAUACUUGUAGAUCCUAUCUCUUAGUACUCCUUCCAAUAAUUUAACUACUACCGACGUCAAACUUACCGGCCUGUAAUUUCCUGGAUUACUUUUAUCCUCCAAUCCUCUGGCACUUCACCCAUAGAUACCGAUAUUUUAAAUAUAUCUUCCGGGGCCCCUGCAAUUUCAACACUAAUCUUCAAGAUCUGAGGGAAUACCCUGUCAGGUCCUGGGGAUUUAUCUACUCUGAUUUGCCUCAAGAUAGGAAGCACCUCCUCCUCUUCAAUCUGUAUAGGUUCCAUGACCUCACUACUUGUUUGCCUUAUUUCCAUUGACUCCAUGCCAGUUUCCUUAGUAAAUAUAGAUGCAAAAAAAACAUUUAAGAUCUCCCCUAUUUCUUUUGGUUCCAUACAUAGCCGACCACUCUGAUCUUCAAGAGGAUCAAUUUUAUCCCUUACUAUCCUUUUGCUAUUAAUAUACCUGUAGAAGCUCUUUGGAUAAUCCUUCACCUUGACUGCUCAUGCUUAGCUACCUCAUGUCUUCUUUUAGCCCUCCUGAUUUCUUAAGUAUUUUUUUGCACUUUUUAUACUCCUCAAGUACCUUAAUUGCUCACUGUUUCCUAUACAUGUCAUACAUCUCUCUCUUGUUUAUCAGAGUUGCAAUAUCCCUCGAGAACCAAGGUUCCUUGUUCUUAUUCACUUUGCCUUUAAUCCUGACAGGAACAUACAAACUCUGCACUCUCAAAAUUUCUCCUUUGAAGGCCUCCCACUUACCAACGACAUCCUUGCCAGAGAACAACCUGUCCCAAUCCACGCUUUUUAGAUUCUUUCUCAUUUCUUCAAAUUUGACCUUUUUCCAGUUUAGAACCUCAACCCAAGGACCAGAUCUAUCUUUAUCCAUGAUCAAGUUGAAACUAAUGGUGUUAUGAUCACUGGAACCAAAGUGUUCCCCUACACACACUUCCGUCGCUUGCCCUAACUCGUUUCCUAAUAGGAGAUCUAAUAUUGCAUCCUCUCUAGUCAGUACCUCUAUAUAUUGAUCUAGAAAACUAUCUUUUUAAAAAUUGCAUAGUUUCUAUGUUCUAUGACAAUUAGGAAUCUUAAACUAAUAAAUUAAAUAUUGAAUUAAAACUUAUCUCAGAACUGGUAGCAACAAAACCUUGUGGAUUGUUGUAAAAUCUAUAUGGUUCACUGCUGUCUUUGGGAAAGGGAAUUUGUCAGCGUUAACCAGUCUGACCUAUGUGUUAACUUCAAAUUCACCAAUGCAGUUGACUCCUGCCUCUUCAUUUCAGACCAAGUAAACACCAACAUAUACAGACAUGUCCAUAUGCAUGAUCAAUUUACAGUUUGGGGGCAAAAAACAUCACAAGAUAUUAUUUACAUUUCAGAAAUAUUUUGGAGGACUAAUCCAUGAUAUCUGUCUGCCCCUCCCCCCUCCCCCCCCCCCCCCAAAAGAAUGUUACUUGUAUUCCAGUUUAAGAGAUGACUGAUGUGAGUAGGUUACGAAACACCAUAGAACCUCGGAAGGUGUUAAUGACAGCACAGCACUGUGAUUUGCACCUGCCUUAAAUGAAGGAACAAGGUGAAUUUUCAUUGAAAACUGGAAUUUGCAUGCUGCUCCUAUUUAAUUUGCUUUUCACCGAACAACUUAGAAAGAACAGUCAGUGAUGUUAAUAGAUGGUGGCAAUGGAGUUUUGUAUUUUCUAAUGAAGAGGAAGGAAAAUCACUUUGGAUUAUCUGCAUUGGAGAAGGUAGAAGUAAAUUUUAGUAAUAGAAGGUAAUUGUUCCAGGUAUUUAAAAUAUCUUUAUAUUUCAAAGCCUUAAACACUUACUUGCAGUUUGCUUAUUUUUACAGUUUAAGGAGCUGUAUGUGACAUCAUUUGAAAUUUUGGAACUAUUCAGAAAAGUGAUUAUUUAAACCAGUGGGAUUUCAAUGAGGCUAGUGUGAAGAAAUCUCUGCCUAACUACCAUCAGCACAUCACCUGCAGCACCAGAGGACCCAAGAUACACACCUCUGCUACACUACCAUCAGGAAUGCCUGCUGUUCCAUCUCUCAAUUGUUUUUCAGGAAAUCUCACCAUCUGGCUGUUCUCCUACCUGCAUUUAGGCACAGACCAGUGGUCACAGGAGGCGGAAGAGUAGCUGAGAGACUUUCAAAUCUGUGGACUAGGCCCUGUUCAAGGACUCCUUCAGAGGACCUAAAUAAAUAUGCCAUGGCUGUCACGAACUUUGGCACACAUGGAUCAAUAAGGCUGUUGUUCAUUCAACAAGAGAAGGAGCACAUAAAACUUGUUCAAACAUUUGAGCAAUGACUGUUUUAAAGUUAUUGAAUAAUACAGCACUGAAAAACACUUCAGCUCAACUUGUACCUGCCAACCAAGAUGUCCAUCUGAGGCAGCCCAUUUGGCACAUAUCCCUCUAUAUCCAUAUGCAAGUUGAAUCCAUAUCCAAGUGUCUCUUAAACCUGAGAAACAUUGAAUAUUAAGUUAUCACAUCUGAACUCCAUCUCCACCACAGCAACAGCAACUUUCAUUGAUCGAACACUAUCAGUGUUGAAGGAUGUUUUCAAUCUACCUUAUCUGAUUUAGUGUGAACUAAAUAAAAGAGCUAGGUUUAAGCCAGCAAGCUGGAGCGGUUCAAGGAGGAAAGCUCUUGGACAGUUGCAGCAUGACAUCUAGUUUUAAGUAAAAAUUAGGAUGUUACAACAGACUGGAAUUGGAGCAGUACUAGAUCUUGGAAGUGUGGAGCUGGUUAUAAAGAUGGGCAGAGGGAAUGGGGAAACAAUAUCAUGAUGUGUUUUGAGAAGAGAAUCAAGAUUUUGUAAGAGUUAAUGAAGGUCACGGAGCAUAGCACUGUUGACGAAAUUGGAUUUUGUACCAAUUAAGGUACAAGCAGAAGAAUUUGGGGAUGAAACAGAACUUACAGAGGAUGAUACUUUGGCCUGGAACCCUUUGCAGUUGUUGAGACAGUAAAAGUGCUGUAUGUUCAAGCACUCUGAAAACAAAUGAGGUGAGAUGGAUGAAAGGUGGCACUAGUGAUGCUGCAGAUAUAUUAACAAAAGCUUAUUUUGGGAUCUAAUAAUGUAUCGAAGUUGGAAGCAAUCUGAAUUGAAUUGAAUUAACUUUAUUACUUACAUCUUUCAUAUACAUGAGGAGUAAAAAUCUUUACAUCUCCGUCUGUGCAAUUUAUGGUAAUUCAUUAUAAAUAUUAUUUACAACAGGAUAGUCAAUAUCACAUUGAAAUAUAGUUGCAUCAGCAUGAAAAAAUCAGACUGAUGGCCGAGUGGAAGAAGCUGUCCCAGAGCCUGUUGUCCUGGCUUUUAUGCUGUGGUACCGUUUCCUGGAUGGUAGCAGCUGGAACAGUUUGUGGUUGGGGUGACUUGGGACCCCAAUGAUCCUUCAGGCUGUUUUUACAAACCUGUCUUUGUAAAUGUCCUGAAUCAUAGGAAGUUCACGUCUACAGAUGCGCUGGGCUGUCCGCACCACUCUCUGCAGAGUCCUGCGACUGAGGGAGGUGUACAGUUCCCAUACCAGGCAGUGAUGCAGCCAGUCAGGAUACUCUCAAUUGUGCCCCUAUAGAAAGUUUGUGGGUUUUGGGGGCCCAUACCAAACUUCUUCAACCAUCUGAGGUGAAAGAGGCACUGUUGUGCCUUUUUCACCAUACAGCUAGUAUGUACAGGCCACGUGAGAUUCUUGGUGAUGUUUAUGCUGAGGAACUUAAAGCUGUUCACCUUCACAACCCCAGAUCCACUGAUGUCAAUAGGGGUUAGCCUGUCUCCAUUCCUCCUGUAGUCCACAACCAGCUCCUUUGUUUGUGCAACAUUGAGGGAGAGUUUGUUUUCUUGACACCACUGUGUCUGGGUGAUGACUUCUUCUCUGUCAGCUGCCUCAUUAUUAUUUGAGAUUAGACCAAUCAGUGUAAUGUCAGCAAAUUCAAUUAGCAGAUUGGAGCUGUGGGUGGCAACACAGUGAUGGGUAUACAGAGAGUAAAGGAGGAGGCUUAGUACACAGUCCUGAGGGGCUCCUGUGUUGAGGGGUAGAGGUGAGGGAACCCAUUCUUACCACCUGCCAGUGAUCUGACAGGAAAUCCAGGAUUAGCUAGACAAGCUGGGGUGAAAGCCGAGAUCUCUGAGCUUCUUGUCAAACGUGGAGGGAAUUAUGGCGUUGAAUGCAUUUUCACAUAAGCACCUUUCUUCUCCAGGUAUGUAAGGACGAUGUGUAGAGCAGUGGCUAUUGUGUCAUCUGUCGAUCGGUUGAGUUGGUAGGCAAAUUGUAGGGGGUCCAGUGUGGGUGAUAGCGUGCUGCAGAUGUAGUCCUUGACCAGCCUCUCAAAGCAUUUGUUUAUUUUUGAAGUGAGUGCGACAGGACACCAGUUGUUCCAGACAUGUUACCUUGGUCUUUUUAGGUACUGGAACAAUAGUGGAUGCUUUGAAGCAGGAGGAUACUCUACACUGGGAGGGGGAGAGAUUGGUUGAGCUUCAAACAACUGAGAGAGAGUAAAGGAGUUGGUGGUAGUCACUGAAGACUAUUUUGGUCUUCACAGCAUCUAGUUAUUUUUGCUCAUCCAACACAUGGAUGAUAUUGUUCACUGAUAUCUUUAACAUCUCACCUCAGCAGUCUGCAGGCAUCAAUUAUAAUGGUGGCUAAGAAGAGCGUAGUAACCUGCCACAAAGACUAUUGACCUGUAGUUAUCACAUCCACUGUGAUGAAGUGCUUUGAAAGGUUGGUGAUUAAACAUAUCAACUGCCUGUGGAGCAUCUUGGAUCUGCUUCAGUUUGCCUUCAGUCCACAGCAGAUGCCAUUUCAUUGGCUCUUCACUCAACCCUGGAAUAUCUGGACAAUAAAGAUACAUAAAUCAGGGUGCUCUUUAUUGAGUACAGCUCGGCAUUUAACUCAUCCGCUCAAAACUAAUCAAUAGUCUCCAAAAUCUAGGACUCAUUACCACCUUGUGCAACUCAUUCCUUGAUUUUCUCGUCAGCAGACCCCAGUCAGUUUGCAAUAACAGCUCCUCUCCUCAGAUACGGUGAAGAUUGAAAAUCUGGCUGUGGCGCCACAACUUCUCACUCAAUGGCAGCAAGCCCACAAAUGGAUUAUUGACUUCAGGAGGACAAAACCAGAAGUCUGUGAGCAAUCUUCAUCGGGGGAAUCAAAGAUGGGGAGGGUUAGCAACUUUAAAUUCCUCGGUGUUAUCAUUUCAGAGGACCUGUCCUGGGACCAGUAUGUAAGUGCCACAAAGCUCUAACACCUCUAUUUUCUUAGAAGUUUCUGAAUAUUUGGCAUGCCAUUUAAAACUUGACAAAACUUCUAUAGAUAUGUAAUGGAGAGUAUAUUGACUGGUUGCAUCAUGUCCUGGUAUGCAAACUCAAAUGUCUUUGAAAAUAAAAUCCUACAGAAUAUUGUGGAUACAGCCCAGUUCAUCACAGAUAAAACUCUCCCCACCAUUGAGCACACCCACGUGGAACGCUGUUGCAGGAAAGGAGUAUCCAUCAUCAAAGACCCUCACUGUCCAGGCUAUGCUCUCCUCGCUGCUGUCAGGUACAGGAGCCUUAGGUUCCACAUUCCCAGGUUCAGGAACAGUUAUUACCCUCUCAACCAUCAGGCUCUUGAACCAAAGGGGAUAACUUCACUCACCCAAUCACUGAACUGGUCUCACAAUCUAUGGACUCACUUCUAAAGACUUAAUUUUCUCGAUAUUUAUUGCUUAUUUAUUGUUAUUGUUCCUUUGCAUUUACUGUGAAUGCCCACAAGAAAAUGAAUUUCAUGGUUGUAUAUGGUGACACAAUGUAGUUUGAAAAUAAAUUUCCUUUGAACUUGGAA